AUGAAGAGUAAACCUCCCGGGAGAAGUGGUCGACAGCAACCGGAACAUUUGGCCAGUAAACUGAGGAGCCAGGAUGAGGCCUGGAAAACCAAAGCCCAGGGCCUUCAGGAGGAAGUGCUUAGACUGCGACAAGAGUUCCCACUCACCCAGAUGCUCUCAAAGAACAGCAGUGGAGCAGGUGCUGGUGGGUCUCAUUCAUCCAUCCUCUCCCCCUGCUAGCUAACCACCUCUCCCCCAAGUGUGACUUAUAGUACACCUCAUAAUAUUAAAAGAAUGUGUCACCAAGAUUGGUCAAUCACAUAUACAAUACAGUAGGCCCACUGUACUUUAGAGCUGCUGGAUAGGCCCAGAGCCACAGUGGCUCUACAGCCGUGUACUGCCACGGUAAAUAGCCUCCCUCCAGUUUAUUAUUUUGUUCAAUUGAUGAACAGCCUGAUUCAUGCUCAUUAAAUGUAGCUCAUUUUCAGUUAGUAAAGGACUGCUCUGCAUGGAUGGUAAUUGGAUUACAAUGUCUACAUGAGGAGUGGAGAAGCUGCUGUUUUCAGAGCCUAGCUAUUAGCCGGGUGUAUUAUUGAACUGAAGGAGCAUUGUGGCUAAUGUAUCUAGCUCACUAAUGAGGUUAUGGACACACAAGGUUGUUUUGGAAAGAAGGCCCCUCGUCCUUUGACGUGCUAUGAAAUUACACAAGGUGACAGUGGAUUGCUAUAAAGGUGAGAGAGACAUGAUUGAAUGAGGUUUAAUAACAAAGCUAAUUGGGUGACAACCAAUAAUGUUGUAGAUACAAUGCUUCAUUCAGUGUCACAGAAUAUAAUGAGGCUGACAAUGAUCCUAAUAAGAUCAUGUCUGUCUGACUUGGUGCAACCUGCAGGAGAUGGUUUCAUGGGCCUGCUCUCAGGACCUCGUGGGGCCAGGCUCGUUGAAAGACCAGCUCAACUCAGAUAUAGACUCCGGCUGUGGGACAGAAAACAACAAAGAGACACUGCGACCCGCUCAAGACUCUGCAGAACCACCCAGUGCCCAGCUAGCCUUUCCACCUGUCACCACCACGGCUCCCCAGAUCCCAUUCUCCAGUCUGUGUAAGUCAGGCCCUCUGGGAAAGGCCAUGCUGCUCCUCAUGCAGUUCUUCCAAAGCCUGUGUGGGGCGAACAGGGUGGAGGGGGAGGCGAUGGGAGCAGAGGCUGGAGGGCUUAGCCUGGACAGGGACGGGGACAGGUUGGUGGUGGCAGACUCAGUGUGCCAGCUACUGUCCUGUGUGGUGGCAGCUAGUAGGGACGCCAGGCCCCUGCCCGCUCACUCACUGCUCCUGCAGGCAGCUCAGGCAAUGGACCACUGGGCCUCCCACAGACAGCCCUCCCUGCAGUUUGUGGCACACAUGGAAGAUGCCCUGAAAGAGCUCACUGAGAUGAUAGUACGCAAUGACCAGCUCAACAGAGUAAGAAAACAUAGUGCAUAG